AUGUUUCUCUCUGUGUUCACUUAUGUGACGGAGACGUGCUACGGCGGCGAUCUGCACCAGUGGUUAGACAGACGCCUGAGAAGGAGACAGAGACACUCGCGAAGGCGCACAGUUAGCUUCUGUUCCAUUCACGAUAGCAAUCCGACGCCGCUGCAGCAACAGCAGCAACAGCAGCAGCAACAGCAACAGCAAAAUGGCGCCAUCCCUGCUGAGUCUGGCAUGGCCCAGCCGUCUUCGGCUCCAACAGUGGCAACAGCAACAGCUGCAACAACACCAAAUUCAAUGGAAGGAGACAUAAGCCGACCUCUGUCUCCUGUUGCUGUUCCCGUUAGCGGCAGAGCAGGCAGCAGCAUGCGAGGCGCAUGCCCGGUUGCAGCUGGUGCAGCAGCUGCCGCAGCAACAGCAGCAGCAGCAGCAGCUGGACUGGCGGCAUCGUCUUCUACCCCUUCUUCAUCCGCAGCAGCAGCAGCAGGAGCAUCAGGAGCAGCAGCAACAGCAGCGGCAGCAGCAGCAGCAGCGGCAGCAUCAAGCGUUCGGCCGUUGGUGAGCGAAGAGAUGGCCGCACAGAUAGCAGGGCAGAUGUUGUGUGCACUGCGUUAUUUACACAGCAGAGAGAUCGCACAUUGCGAUAUAAAACUCGAAAAUAUGUUGCUAGCAGCAGAACUAGACGACUCCGAAGCAACGGGAGACGGAGCGAGCAGCGAGGAGGAAGAGGCGGCGCUGAUGGAGCAGCAGGAGCUGCAGCUGCAGCAGCAGCAGCUGCUGCAACAGGAACAGGAAAGAAUCAACUGCGCAAGCAGCAGAUCCCGCCCCGGCCUUCGACGGAACUUUGGUCACAGCAGCAGCAGCAACAGCAUCACCAGCAACAGCAUCACCAGCAGCAGCAGCAGCAACAGCUUAAAUGCUCUUUCGGUGGUGCCGAUGGUGAUGAGGAAGCGGCGGGGCCUGGGGAACAGAGAUAAAGAUAGAGAUAGAGAGACAGAAAGAAGCAGCAGAAACUUCUCGCUACCUUAUGCUAGAGACAGCCCCAGCGACUCCACGCAUUCUCUCGUCGGCAAAUUUCGAAGAAAAAAUUUAAUUGUAAAGCUCGCAGAUUUUGGACUUGCAAAGAAAAUAGUACGGGGGAGACAAAGGCAGAAGGUGUUCGCCAAUCUGUCUGUUGAGGGCACGCUGUACUACCGCUCUCCCUGGCAGAUUCUGCACGGGGUGGAGGGGGACGAGCGCAGCGAUUUGUGGGCGUUGGGUGUCGCUCUUUUUAUUCUUUUUUCGGGGCAUCCGCCUUUCAACGGAGACGAUAAAACCUCCAUUGAUCAGGCUGUGCGUGAGAAAGUUGGGGGCUCUCUAGCAGUAGCAAACGAUCAGUCACACUGA